AUGUUGGGUGAGUAUGAAAUUGGUGAAUUUCGAAAGAAGUGGUCUGAAAUGUUGAACAAGUUUGAGUUGCAUGAUCAUCCUUGGGUUAUAGAGUUAUUUGAAAAGAGGAAGAUGUGGUGUACAGCUUAUAUUAGAGGGGCUUUCUUUGCUGGUUUUAGGGCAACUUCUCGGUGUGAAGGAUUACAUUCUGAGUUGAAAAAAUAUAUUCAUCCGAAGAUUAAUCUGACAGAGUUUGUUCAACAAUUUAAUCGUCUUGUGAGUUAUAUGCGUCAUAGGGAAGUUGAAGCUGACUUUGCAUCAAUUCAUGGUGAUCCUGUUCCAGAAACAGAUUUUCAUAACCUUGAGGUAUCGGGGGCAAAGUGUUAUACGAAAGAAAUAUUCAAAUUAUAUCGUGAUCAGCUUCAUAGUUCAUGUUUGAUGAGGGUGAUUGGUUGCAAGCAGACAUUUGGUUGUUGUAUAUACAUAGUGAGAAAAUAUGAAAUGAUGCACAAAGAAUGGCAUGUGUCAUAUCAAUCAAGACCGUGUGAUUUGAAGUGUUCGUGCUUAAGAAUGGAAUCAGUUGGCAUUCCAUGUGAUCAUAUACUUGCAGUGUUGGUUCAUCUAAAUGUAUCAGAGUUACCAAAAUGUUUGGUGUUAAAAAGGUGGACUAAGUUGGCGAAGGAUGAAGUGAAGGGCAAUGUUAGUACACAUAGGUGGGACUCUGAGAAAGAUGCUAGAUACUUGUCAUUAAUGGAGUAUUUUAAAGAGCUUAGUACUUUGGCAUGUGAAACAUAUGAUGAUUAUGUUGAUAAAAGGGAUAAAGUUGUAAAUGAAUUAGUUGAAAUAAGAGGUAAAAAAGGUCAUGAAUCCGAAGAAGGCAAUGCAUUGGGUGAUGAAUUCAGUGUAGUUAUAAGAAAUCCUGCCAUUGCUAGAAGUAAAGGAAGGUCUGUUGUUGAAGGAAGAUGA